GCGCCUCGGCCGCGCUGCUGCGCUCCGGACCAGCAGGCUGCCCCGCGGCUGCCGGGCCUUGCGGGGGAGUCCUUGGACGCUGGUAUGGCAUCUUGCGAUGCGGAGCGAAUGUCCUGAUCCUGGCGGAACCCGGCUCAAUGUGUGGAAAGGCGGAGCAGCCUCAAGACGGGCGUGCCGCCGGGCCUCGACAAGAGGCAGGUGAUCAAGGAGGUGCGGAUGGCGCUCGAGGUCUGGGCCCGCCCCGCCAACCUGUCCUUCGCCGAGGACAACAAGAGCCCCGACAUCGAGGUGCGCUUCGAGCGGGGUAACCACCACGACGGUUUUGACUUCGACGGGCGCGGGAACAUCCUGGCCCACGCCUUCUACCCCGGCACGGGCCUCGGCGGCGACGUGCACCUAGACUGGGAUGAGCGGUGGCUUGCGCAGACCAACAACCCUAGCAACGGUCGAGGUGGUAAGUACAUGCAAACUUAUUGCAGUCUCCCCGAGUCCGGCGGAGUCCUGGUAAACCGUGGAGUUGCUGAAAUGCCAGCCGCCCCGUUUUGAGAGAUGGGAAAACCAAAGGGACAUCGAUCUUGUCUCUUUGUCUCCCACUCUUACUCUUACGUGUGAGAAAGGAACACCUA